CGGUUCAGUGUUCUGUCGCCUCCGCGUUCGGCUGACUUGCUUCAGCGCUUCAGUUGAUUACUGGGUGACUGUGUUUGCGUUCGGCCGCAUUGUGCGAUCUAGACGCAACAAAGGUUUGUCUCCGUCACAACAAAAGCUGCUGGUUUGCCGUGAGCCAGCAGCAGUAAAAGGAGAAGAUGAAAUUUGUUUCCGUGUUUCGUUUCUGUGUGUCAAAGUAGGAUGAAGAUUGCAGUGCGCCGUGUGAACCUCUCCCGUGCCAAGAUUGUUCACGUGUUUACUGCUUGUGCUUCAACUGUUUGAUCGCCUAGUAUCCGUACGUGAAUGUAGUAUGAAGGUGUCGACACAUUUCAAGAUUGCGCCGUCCAUGCAUAUUUUGUCGCUUGGAACUGCAAAACUUCUUAUACUCUUCGCGUUUACUGGUCACGUUAGCAGCACAAGUGCAAAGAACUGCACGAGAGAAUGCGAAGCAUGUGUUCCAGGGACGCACGCAAGCUCAGCAUGCAACUGCUGCCCCAUCCGAGGCCACUGUCCGAAACCAGCAGCGAACGAUGCCUCCGACACGCUGUGUCUGCCAUGCAACACUGGAACAUUCUGCAAGGACCUGGGUUGUCCAGCUUGCGAUCCUUGCCCUCCGGGUACAUCCACAGCUCAACGAAGCGCACAGAACUGCACACCCUGUGAAGCAGGUUUCUACAAGCCUUUUCUUGGAUCUGGCACAUGCAGUGCCUGCUCUCAAGGCAGCUACACCUUGCUGAGAGGCUCUACUGAAUGCACGGUCUGUCCUGCUGGCUUCUACUGCUCGUGCACACAUUGUGGACCACUUCCUUGUCCUGAUGACGCUAUUUGUCCUGUCGGGAGCACUCAGCCAACCUAUUGUUACAAACCACUGUUUGUCAAGCACGGCUAUUCCUGUUACAUGUCUGAUUCAGCGAUUGGAAUCAUCAUUGGUGUCUGCAUCUCUGCUGUCAUAAUGUUGGGAUUCUUAUCAGCCCGAUACUACUACACAAGAUGGAAGGAUCAGUCUAAGAAUCCAACAGAAAUCAGCUCCCUGGUUGCAGAAAGUCGUCGGGACCCUGUCUACACUGGCCUCUAGUCAUGGAUGACACUGAAAGUUCAUGCAAAGUAUCUCCUCACCUAUGUUGACCUAACACCUGUUUCAAAGUAUGCCUCUGCUUGCUUUCUGUACCAAAGACCAGAUGCAUGGCUUUGAAGUGAUGGAAGUUUUGCAAAAUGCGAGCCACUCAUGAAAAGAAAAGUGAGAUAUGAAUGAAUAAGUGGCAUUUUAUCAUCAUCCAGUAGCAGUGCUGAGGAUUUAUGUUGUAUGGAGGGCUUAUUCUUCUUAUAUUUUGCUACCUUUCUUCCUGAACUGCCAUGACCCUGGCCUCUGGUUAGAUAAGGGGGCAAUUGCAGUUGUGAAUUUAUGCUGGGCUUUAUUGUUCUGGAGUAUGUCUAGUCGCUCAGCUGUAUUUAUCACCUUUUCCCAAGAUAUGAAGUGCAUGUAGGUGAAGUGUUACCAAAUAUGCAGUUGUGUACAUCCUGUUCAUAACCAGCAGAAUAGAAUGGCCUGCAAAUAAUGUAUUUCCAUAGGUACAGGUGUCAACAUUUCCAUGUGAAAAUGAUUUUGUGAGAAUAAUAGUGCUUCCAUUGUCCUUUGCAAUGAGUAUAACUUGCUAGGAAAUUCUGUAUGUUCACUAGUGAAAAACAUCUAUAAUAGCACCUAUGUCACAUAUGCACAAAAUAUGGCAAUACGUAUUAUCUAACAUUAGAGCUUUGAAUUCAUUUAGGAGGGAGUAACAUACAUCUGCAUCCCCAUAAUGUUAUUGAUCUUCAUGGUUAUUGUUACCUAGGUCUUCUAAUUAGUGCAAACGCAUGCAACAGUGCAAGGAAUGAAAGCUGGAAAAGCUUAUCAGUAACCUCAGUGUUGAAUCUUAAGAAUGUCUUGCAAUAGAUUGUCUGACUUUUUAAGGACUACUUUUAAUUAUUAGUUGGCUCACAAAAUGUCUUAAGUUGCCUAGAGUUUGCGUGACUUACUUUGUGGCUUUCUAUGGCUACAUCACAAAAAUGGAAAUGUUUAGGAAAUUGUCUUCUUGAUUUAGCUCAUCUCAUCUCAUCAGUCAUCAUAAUUUUGAGCUGUACGUUCAUAGUUUAGUUCAGAAUUAGUAAGCCUUAGAGAGCUCUUCAAUAAAGCUUUUAAGGCAAUGAGCAUACUAGUGCAUCAUAUUUUUCCACAUGUGGAAGGUAGUAUCAACCAAAUAUAGUAAAACUUGUUAUGCUUUUAUUCUAUCUUUUUAUCGGGUGUUCAAAUAUUAAUUGUUUUCAAAUGGAAUCAAGUACCAUCUAUUGACUCAUACAAGAGAAGUAAGGACAGAAGGAGCAGCUUAAAGGCAGGAGGAAAUGCUAAUUAGUAACCUUUUGAUGCAUUACAGCUUGCAAGCGGAGGUGAAUAAAUGUAUACUGAGUUGCAUCAGCGCAGGGAUGAGUCGCAGGUAGAAGGUUAGCACAAUAUGCUUGACUUUGAGAACAAAAUUAUGUAAUACAGGAACUGCAUUCAACCUAGAGCCCAUAUUUCUUUUCAGGACACUGCUUCCUAUAUACAUUAAUUGGCUAAAGCCAGAACAAUCACUUGUGACAAUAACCAAUAUUGUCUAGGUGUGCCUCGAAUUGGUGUUAUUUUCAAGUUCUGCAGUUUAUGGUGUGCACUGAAAUAAUGCAUCAUGCUAGACAGGAUGUCUCAUAAAAAUGCAAGCAGGUUUAAAUGUUAUCGAUUAAGAAUGCAACCAGUAUCAGACACACCUGUGAAGUUUGGUUAGUUGUAACAUGCAGAUAAAAAUGAUGUUAACUACAGAAAGGAAGUAAACCUAACUCAAAAGUACCACAGAUAAUGCUAGUGAUGCAAACAUGGUGGGUUCCAUGAGAGUAAUCAAAUUUAACAUUGAUUCUUUUAGGCCAGACAUCUGUAAGCAGUUUAAAUUCAAUGCAUAUAUUACUAGAUUACUGAGACAUCAUGGAAGCAAUUGAAUUUUCUACAUGCUUGCUCAGCACGUGCCGCAAUAAUUGGCCUCUGGUUGCACCAUUGGAGAGGUGGGGACUGCCGUCGAGGUGAGAUGCUGUCUGGGAUCAUGUGAUAAAAUUUUUCUGUGUCCACUGCAGAAGGAGCAAGGUCUAAGGAAAUCCAUGAAAGUAAAACUACACUGCUGCUGUGUGUCCAACACAAUGGCUUACUGUUCAUUGCUGCAAUGUUGGAUGCAUGUGAGCCAGCCCAGCAUGAUUCCAAUUAUGUUCAGAAACCCUGACAAGUUAGGUUAUUCAAAACAGUGAAUAACUUGCAAGGAUGUGCUGUUAGGCUUGUUGGUUUGUCAUAGUGGUAUUUUCCAGCACAAAAAUGGGACAACCAAAUAGACAACAGCACUCUACCAUGUCUUGUCCACCAUCGGCUACGUGGACCACAGUGCGCGGGGUAAGAGUUAGGACUUUCUUUGGGUGCGUAUGGAAGUUCGAGUUUAUAAUCAAUAUGUGUGCUCCUGUGUCAAUCAGUGCUAUUACAGGUAUACCGUCCACUUCCACGUCGAUAAGGUUGUGGUGGCCACCAAGUGUAAGCAGAGGAAUUUCGGAGGUCGUCAUGGCAGGCUCACCUCUCAAAGCUGUGGCUGUUAGUUUUCCAAGGAGCGGCGGGAGGAAGAAGGAGAUGGAGAGUGACAAGGCAGAGGCGUGCGGGAAAGAUGUGGGUGUGGCAAAGGGGAACUGUUUGGUCAUACGGGCAGAGACGUUGGAGCCGUGCCUUUUUCGAUGUGUGUCGACGGGUAGGCUGGCGCCGGGUAUUUCAAAAGCUCGGCCAAGGCUGUGAGUUCCAUGAGCUGCGACAAUGGCAGGAAAUAUGUCCAACGUGUCCAUACCAGAAGCAGAUAGGCCUGUUAUCAGAAGUGCACCAGUCUUCGAAGUUUCGAUAACGAGGACGAGUGCACGAACUUCAUGGUAGAUCAGGUCCGCCAGGUGAGUGAUAGUUGGGUCUGUUGACUUGGUAAUGUUACGGGAGUACAAUGAUGGCCAAUUGUUGUUGUUGAGCGGUCUGGAUGAGGGAUAAUGUUGUGUGGGAAUCGUCUGGGGCGUGAACCUGGGGAGGAACUGGGGAGGCAGCUUCAAUCUCCCGUCAGACGAUGUGCACUAUACUGUUGGAUGCAGCAGGCAUGGGUGGGAGAUGGAGGUCCUUGCAGGUAGAUGUUUGCAGCCAUGUUAGGAAGGCAAGAAAAGUGGUAGGCAAUGUGACGGCUUUUGUCUUCUUCAAGUGGCAGCAUUGAGCAAUGAUGUCCGGCACUUUCAAAGAGUUCUUGAAGACGAGGAGAGUAAACAUGUCUGCAAUUCCUUUGAGGAUAUGCGUUACCUUUUCCUCUUCUGCCAUCUUGUCAACCUUGCGACAAAGUGCAAGCUAGUCCUGAAUAUAUGUCACAUAGGACUCAGUGCAAGUCUGAACUUGGCACACAAGGUCUUUCUGCGCGGGACGCCGGCAGCCAACAGUCUUGCCAAAGAAAUCAGUGAGCUUUUGUUUACACAAGUCCCAGCUAGUGACUUCCUCUUCAUGGCUCUCAAACCAGAUGCGUGUCAUUCCCACAAAGUAAAAGCUCAGGUUAGUGAGCAUGAUGGUCUGGUCCCAGUAAUUGCUCGCGCUCACCUGUUCAUAUAGUUAAAGCCAAUCUUCAACGUAGGUAUUAUGUGUGCCAGGAAAGGUUCCUGGGUCGCGCGGUUGUACCACGAUGACAAUUGUGCGCGGGUGGUGACAUGCCUGAAGCAUUCUCGCCUUGAGCUGGCAUUACCAACGCAGCCAAGGUGCGCUCACUGCGCAUAUCCGUCGUGUGUCUUGGAAAGCCCGCAACCUCCACUAAAACAUUUUGGGGAGAAGAGAGGUUUAGAUAUAUUUACAGGGUAUUGACAACGCAUUCACUGGCGUACAAAAUGGAAGACAGUCCGUGCGACACCAGCGAGCGUCGUCGUCUUCUGUACUGUCCUCAGCCUCGUCUGUGGCUGUGCUUCUUAACAAUAUUAAUAUGUAUUGCACAUUCACUAAUGUUUGAAGUCACUGGUGCUGCUACAAGCUCAGCUGUCCUCACAGCAAUAAAAUUUUGCUCACUCGCAAACUGCAUAUCAUGGGCAGAAACUUGCUGUAACACUCCAUUACCCAUUCAAUGAAAUGACCUCGUAGGCAGCUUAAUGUAAGAUGCACAGUUAUUUCACACGGCAAUUGUAAUCGCUUGACUUUCAGAAAAGCAGCAUAUUUGUCAGUCAGCAUAGCAUACCUUAUACAGCAAUGGUUGUGAAUGAUACAGUCUUUAUAAUGCACUCAAAACAUGUUAUGCUAAUGAUGGCUAUGUAGGGAAUGAGCAAGCCAAGCAAUUGUGCACAAACAUAAAAUUUUAUAAAACUGAUGUUUGCAUGUCCUGAAAUCUAGUGUCUUCAGCACAAACACUCUUCCUCACUGCAGUAUUCUGAAGUAUCCUAGCCUAUGAUGAUAUACAGCACUUCCAGAAGAUAGUACAAUCAGAUGUCAUGCAACCAGUGCCUCCGUAGAAGAAAAUAAGCCUUCACUUGGGCUGAUGGUUUCAGGAAUAGCUAGGCAUUGUGGCAGAGGGGGUUUAACAAGAACAAGAAGGCACGUGAAACUGCCUCAUGCAAGCUUUAGUAAAUGUACUGUGCCAGAUUUAUCACAAAAUAGACUUUUUGAAAUUAUCAACCAUCAAAUUCUCCAAUAAAAUGAAUUGAAUAGCGUUAAGUGUUUGAUUUGUGCUUGAAACCUUCUAAUAUUUGCACACCCCCAGUUCUUUUUAUUCAUUGCUUGCUGUGUAGUGAAAUCUGUUUGUAGUGAGUUACGUGCAAUAGGACCAGCGUUGUUGAUAUUUGUUUUUCAUUGUUUAGUCUCAUUUAAUAUUCUCUGUGAAUGGGAGUGAGUGCUGUCACUUUGUGAACUAACUUUUGUGCUAAUGAACUUGUACUCUGUGAUUCUUGGGGCACUAUGUGUCCUCACUUUGAAGACUGCUACAUGCUAAAACCACAUUGUGCUUUUAUUGUGAAAGUUGUGAGUUUAUUGUGAGAAUGAAGAAACAUGGUGCUCAAUGUUGAUGGUGGAAGCCACGCAUGUUUGGCUACCAUGAUGUGGUCAUUAUUGCAGAAUGACCUAGUAAAAGUAAUGUUUGCCAGGGGCUGUAUUUUGAAA